AUGUUAUUCCCUAAUAUUGAAUUUUCAAGUUGCAUAACAGAAGUACCAGCAGUACCAGGUUCUGACUCUUCAUUUCAGCCUUCAAAAAGUUCACAACAGCAGUACCAGGAUUUGACAUCAGAAUCUGGAACUUGUGAUCCCUUAUGUUCAGUUGAUGAAACAAGCUCGCAAGAUUUCGAAGACAAUUACCAGCCCAAGACUGAUUUUCUCAAAGCAGUUGCGAUAUUUGCGGCAGCUGCAACUGGGACAGUAGCAAUUAACCAUUCUUGGGUGGCUGCUAAUCAGGAUCUUGCUAUGGCAUUGCUAUUUGUAAUAGGAUAUGCAGGCAUCAUAUUUGAAGAGUCUCUAGCUUUCAACAAAAGCGAAGUAGGGAUAAUAUGGAUGUAA